AUGCUUGAAGGUCAAAUCCCAAAAUCUGUGUCCGAUCUGAGCCAUUUGCGCGUCUUAGUCCUUUAUGAAAAUAACUAUAGAGGAAGCCUUGAUAAGUUGUUUGUAAAUAGUACAUCCGGAAAAGGAAUAUUGGAAUCACUCCAAGUUCUGGACUUAGCUUAUAAUAAACUCAGUGGAUCAUUGCCCGACCUGAGAGCAUUUUCUGCAUUGACAGAAGUGUACUUUGGCGGAAACAACUUCACAGGCUCCAUUCCUCUUAGUUUUGGCCAACUCUCUGGGCUUCAUGUUCUAGAUCUUUCUAAUAAUUCAUUGGAAGGCAUAGUCUCUGAAUCCCAUUUCAUCAUGCUCGAUAAGUUAGAGAUACUAGACUUAUCCUUGAAUUCAUUGGUCUUGCAUUUUGCUCCUGAUUGGAGUCCAGUUUUCCAGUUGGACUAUAUAUUGUUAGCAGGAUGCAAUGUGGGCCCAUCUUUCCCAAAAUGGAUUCGAACUCAGAGAAAUUUCUCAAUUCUUGAUCUGUCUAGAGCUAAUAUAGCAGAUGAAGUCCCAGCCUGGUUGUGGAGUGUGUCCCUGUCAUUAGGCAUCUUAUACCUUCCUCACAAUCAAAUUACUGGUUCUGUUCCAAGUCUCUCAUCCACUUUGAUCCAAUAUAUAGAUCUUAGUAACAAUAGCAUCUCAGGUCCCAUUCCAUUGUUUUACUCCAAUGUUCAACUUAUUCAGUUGAGUGGAAAUACAUUCUCUGGUUCAAUUUCAUCCAUUUGCCAAGCCCGCCACGGGCUGAUUGGUGUCCUUGACCUCUCAAACAAUCAGUUGGCGGGAGAGGUUCCCAACUGCUGGGAGAACAUGCCAAACUUGCACAGUCUCAAUUUGGCUAGCAACAGUUUUUGGGGUGAAAUUCCCCACUCUUUGGGGUCCCUAAAUCAUCUCGUUGCUCUGCAUUUGCGCGAUAAUAGUUUGUCUGGAGAGUUUCCUUCCACAUUGAGACGUUGCCAAAAGUUGAGGUUGAUUGAUGUUGCACUGAAUGAGUUAACAGGGAAUAAACAAAUUGCAUGGCAGUAUUCCUGCUGA